GCCUUAGCUGCCGAACCGAGACACCAGAAAACCUCAGGGGACUGUUUUUUGUAUUUUCUUCCUGUCGAAAUUUUUUCUUGGUUCUCAUUCAUCGCCAUAAAUUGAGCUCCAUUCUGAUUUUUUUUGUUGUCUCUACGGUGCAUGCGUUGGUGCUUGCUCUGCUUGAUCCCGUCUGAAAUCGACAAGCCUCCCCUGUCCAUCCGAAAUUCGGGGCGGGAAGGAAAUCUGGCAGUUUUUGUUUCACACACUUGAAGAUAGCUGGUGUACAUACAGCAGCCGACUGACUGUUCAGCCUCGGUUUUUUUUUUUUUUUUUUGUCUAAUCGGCAUCCUCCAAAUCAGCAAAAGCUUUGCCUGUACCACCGCGAGCUUGAACUCAAUCCGAUAUCCAAUUCAACGCGACGCCUACUUGGGACCAUCCAGUCGGGUUUUCGUGUUUUCUGACGGGUGCCUACAGCUAGGGUCAAAUUUCAUAAUACCACUCUGGGUACAUCCCUUGCGACGCCGCCCUUUCUCCCUACCGAGCAACUCACGCCUCUCUCACAGGCAAACGACCAAUCCGAUUGCAUCAUGUCCGACACCGACAUUCCUAACGUUGCCUCGCAGGUAGAAGCCUCAUCCCCUUCGUCGCCCGCUGCGAAGAAGACAUCUUCGAGCACGACUGCGGCAAAGCGACCAGCCAGCACCAGCAGCACCACCACCACCACCACCAGUGGUCUUCGACGUCCGGGCACAGCAUCUAGCUCCACGGCGAAACCUGCUGCCACCAGCUCACUUUCAAAAUCUUCUUCUACAGCGAGCACGUUGAGCAAAGCCCCAACCAGACCUGCCACGGGAACUACAUCUACAGUGAAGCGACCCGGCACGGCAUCGACGACUGCGUCCCAUCGCUCUCGCCCGUCAGUUUCUGAGGAUGAGUCCAAGAAGCGCCCCACCACCAGUUCUUCCAGCGCUGGUCGCCGCACCUCGACCGCCCCGGUCUCCCCGUCCUCCAAGACAGCGGGAACUGCAGCAGCAGCUCGCAAGCCCGUGACGGCUAGCAGCAGCAGUACCAGCACUACCAGAAGCACCUCAGCUGCGCCCAGAAGCUCCACCGCUGGCACCAGCGCCACCGGCGUGAGCCGGACAGUCGCCUCGAGGCCCGCCGGUACGUCAAGCGGCGCUGUCGCGGACGCCAAGAAGCGCCUGUCAUCCGUCGGCGGUGCGACAUCGAGCUCUGCAGGUUCCGUUUCGCGUGCCCCGCGUGCUUCGCUGUCGACCGCAAGCAGCACCGCGGCCGCGGCCGCAGCGACUGCCGAGAUCGAGGCGCUCAAGGAGAAGCUUUCAGCUGCCGAGGCCGAGGUGACCGCUCUCAAGGUUCUCAAGGAGCAGAUCGCCACUUCGCAGGAGCGCAUCUCUACCCUCGACAGCCAGCUCGAGUCUGGCGCUGCCGAACGCCAGAACGUAGAGGAGACCCUGCGUAAGGAGCGGGAGGAGGCCCUAGAGGCGCUCAAGUCUGAAAAUGCCGAUCAGCUCAAGGCGCUGGAGGAGCAGGUCGCCGAGGCCCUGUCGAAGCUCCAGGAGGCCGAAGCUGAACUGGAGAAGCACAAGCUCGAGACCCAGAGCCUUGCUACUUCCAAAGAGGCAACAGAUAGCGAGCUUGCGCAGCUAAGAGAGACUCUCGAGGGUCUUCAAGCCGAGCAUGCCGCCAAGCUGAACGAAAGUGAAGCUGCCCUGACCAAGGCAACUGAAGAGCAUGCCGCAAAGUUGGAGGCCUUGCAGCAGUCACUUGAAGAACAGCAACACGCUGCCAUCGCCGCCUUGGAAGCUAAGCACCGCGAGGAGCUGUCCAAGAGCUCGGCUGAUGCAGGCGACUAUGAGAAGGCCGUUGCAGAGAUGAAGUCCAUCCAUCAGUCUUCCAUUAGUGAGCUUCAGAAGAAGAUUGAUGACCUUACAGCUUCACAGCAGGAGCUAGAGGCGGCUCAUGAGGCAAAGCUGCUGUCCGAGACAGAGUCCAGCACAGCUAGGUUGUCCGCUCUUGAGGCUGAGAUUGCCGACCUGAAGGCCAAGCUCGAAACCGCGGAGCAGGCUGCAGAGGCUGCCAAGGCCGAUCUCGAAGCGAAGACGACCUUGCUGCCGACCCUCGAAUCGCGGGUUUCAGAACUCGAGGCUGAGCUCGAUGCUGCCAAGCAAGCAGCAACCAAGGCCGAGGAGGCCCUAAAAGAGUCUCAAGCCCAGCUUGAGACUGUUCUAGCCGAGAGCAAGGAAAAGGAUGCCAACCUUCAAAAGUUGCAGGAAGAGCUUGCCUCGCUCGAGUCGAGGAAGGACGCGCAACAGGCCGCCAUCUCGCGCGACUACGAGCGCGAGAUUGAGGAGCUUAAGGGAGAGGCACACUUCAAGCGCCAGUUCCAGGAUCUCGAGCCCAAACACAAUGAGCUGGUGGUCAAGCACGAGGAGCUCGUAAAGUCACUUGACGAAAUCAGCAGGACGCACGCUGACCUGUCAAAGAAGUCGUCUGAGGACGCCGAGGCCCAGGCCCAGGCCCUCGCAGCCGCUAAGGCCGAGCACGCCGCCAUCGCCGAGGCUCUCGCGGCCAAGGAGGCUGAGCACCAAGCUGCUCUCGACGCGCUGCGUGCCAGCCAUGCCGAGGCCCUCGAGAGCGCCAAGCUCACCGCAUCGGCUGACCGGGAUGCAGAAAUAAAGGAGCUCGAGUCGCUCAAAGCUAGCCACGCUGAGCAGGUUGACAGGCUCAAAGCUGAUGGAGAGGCUGCUUUAACCAAGGAGUUGGAGGUGUUGAAGGCUGCCCACGCUCAAGCAGUUGAAGCGAUCAAACAAGAGCUUGCAGCCGAAAAGGAGGGCUUAGCGGCCGCUCACAACAAGGAGAAGGAGAGUCUUCUUUCAGCGCAUGCAGAGGAGCUUGCUGCUGCCAAGGCUGCUGGAGACGGCGCCGUCAGCUCCAAGCUUGAAGAGCUCAAGGCUGAUCUGGAUGCUAAGCACGCCGCAGAGAUUGACAGCCUUAUGAAGGAGCUCGAGCAGACCAAGGGCCUUCAAAAGGAGAUCGACGCUGCAGAGGCAAGGCUGAACGAGGCAAAAGCCAGCCACGCAGCAGCGCUCGAGGCGACCAGGAAGGACUUGGAGGAUAGCCACAACGAGGAGGUGAAGAAGCUCGUUGCGCUGCACACCAAUGCGCUCCAAAACCUAGAGCAGCAGGGUGCCGCCGGCACCGAGGCAACCAUCGCCCAGAUCAAGGCUGAGCACGAUAGAAUCAUCGAGGGCCUGAAGGCCGAACAUGCUUCCGCCUCGACGGCGCACGCUGCAGAGCUCGAGGCCGCUAAGAAGGAACUCGAGGCUGCAAUGCUCGCGACCAAGGCGGAGCUGGCCAAGGCUAAGGAGGAGCUGGACGACAUGGGCGGACAGCUUGCGCACGAGAAGAUGGAGAAGUUCGAGGCCCAGGCCGCGCUUGACGCGGUGAAGAGCCAGAAGCCCGACACCAGCGAGAUCGAUGCUCUGCGCGCCGAGCUCGCAGCCCUCAAGGAGAAGUCUGCCGCCGCAGACAAAGACGCAGAGGACAAGGCCGCCAAGGCUGUAGCCGAGCUGGCCGCAGCCAAGGAGGAGCUUGCAAUGGUGGAGAAGGACCUCGAGGCGCACAAGCUCGAGGCUGAUGCGAACAAGAAGCGCAACGAGAGCGACUACAGGGACCUGCAUGACAGCAUGACCGAGAUGGUGUCCGAGACGCAGAAGAAGUUGACGGACGCGGAGCACCAGAUCAAGGAGCUUCAGAGUCAAAUAAAGGUCAAAGAUGCGGAGCUCGUUGAGGCGCAGACCAAAGCACAGCCGGCCAAGGGCCUAGCCGCGAGCCGGUUCGCCAAUGGCGAGAACGGCGAGGAGGCCGAUGAUGACAAGAGCACCAACCCCAAGACCGUGGAAGUUAGCUAGAGGACUUGAGACGGCGAAGGAUAUGGAGGACAUGAACAAUGACAUACAGGAACAAAACAAACGGAUGCUGCGUACUAUUGCCGGGACUCAAGAAGAGCAGGUUAUACCAGCUCCUGAGCCGGCAAAGAUGCGAACUUAGUGGUGCCAAUGUAUUUUCCGAUUGCCUGAACACAUCCAACACGCAUAAACUUGCUGCUGUUUAAAUUCUUUUCAUCUUUGCGGAACGGUGGGGGCAUAGGCCACAAAUGGAAGAUGCAUGGGAACGCUCUACAUAAUGUUACAUAUACCCUUAGGCUUUUUAUUAUUUUUUAGUUGCCAUCAUCUCUGUAUACUUUUGUGUAUCACUAGAGGUGGCUUUUGUAUCUUGCCCGGUUGGUUGUCUUAACAACUGGCUGGUGGCCAAUAUAUUUGCACAACCCUUGGGCUGAUUAUUUGUAUGUUUAUUGUCUACAUCCUGCAAUAAUGAGACUAGGUACUGUCGCC